AUGAGAAAAGAAAAUAAUCCUUUGUUUGAUAACGGAGAACAAGCACCAUUAAAAGCCUUAAUUUUUGAUUUGCUUUAUAAUCAAUACCGGGGAGUAAUUAUUUAUGUUCGCAUCUUUGAAGGAGAAUUAAGAGUUAAGCAAAAAAUUAAAUUAUUUAGUAAUCAAAAAAUCUACCAAGUAGAAAAAGUAGGAGUAAAAACCCCCCAAGAAGUAGAAAAAAACUGCUUAAUAACUGAUACCCAAGUUGGAGAUACUAUUGUUGAUGUCAAUGCUGAAAAUCCAACUCCUUUGCCUGGUUAUCAAAAAUUAAAGCCUAACAUUUAUUCUAAUCUUUAUCCGGACGAUAGUUCUGAAUUUAAUGAAUUUAAAAAAGCUCUUUUAGAAUUACAAUUACAAGACAGUUCCUUAACUUUAGAAAACAUUGAAUCAAAUAUUUUAGGACCUGGCUAUUGCUGUGGUUUUUUGGGACUGCUCCACCGAGAAAUAGUUCAAGAAAGAAUUAGACAAGAAUACGAUUUAGAAUUAAUUUUGACUGCUCCGACAGUUAAUUAUCGCCUAGUUUUGAGUAAUGGAAAAACAAUGGAAGCCGCUAACCCUCAAAAAAUGCCUGAAUGA